AUGCCUUUAACUGAUCAACAAUUACGUCAAGAAUUACUUAAUUAUGGUGAAACUGUUCCACCAAUAACACAACGUAAUCGUGAACAACUUCGUGCACGACUUGAACAACUUCGAUCACGAACACGUUCACCAACUAAAAGUUCACCAUCACGUACACGUGCUAAUAUAUCGACAACAACACAUUCACGACCUAAACAUGGUUUAAUUGAAUUAAGUGAUUCAGAAACAGAUACGUCAUCUGCGGAAUAUUCUACAUUACGUCGUCCAGGACGAGAAACACAUAUUCAAACACGUUCGAUUGCUGUAGGACGAGAUUCAGAUCGAUCAAAUACAUUACCAAUAUCAACUGUAGCUGUUGAUGUUGAACAAUCAAUUGCUCGUCAUCGUCGUGAAAUUCAACAAUUAAUUGAUUCAGCACGUGAUAGAACUCGUGCUGCAAGUGCAAAUAUGUCUUCUGAACAAUAUGAACCAUCGAAAACAAUAACAUCAACUCGUCCAAAUUCAAUGACAUCAUCUCGUUAUACACCAUCAAUUAAAACUGAUCUAAAAAAAAUGAUUAAACAACCAUCAUGGUUUAAUCGUUUACGACAAACAAUUGAAUUAUUUUGGAAAACAAAUAAAAAUGUUAUUACAGAUGUAUUAAAAGCUUUAUUUGUUGGUUUAAUUCUUGCUUGUGGACUUAUUGUUCUUAAAAAUAAAUUAGGUGAUAUUAUUCCACGACAUAAAGGAAUUACUUGUACUCCUGAUAAUGCGACCGACUGUGAUGAUAUGAUACCAAUAAUUAAUUCACUACGAAAACAUCUUCAAAUUCGACUUGGUGAAGUUGAAUGUCGUUUUCGUCCAAAAAAUGAACGUCAUGUAACAAAACCUGAAAUAAAUAAAUAUUUAGAUGACAAAGGAUUUAAAUUUGAAUCGAAUUCUGAAGAACGAUGGAAAACAUUAAUUACUUAUAUAUUCGAAAAACCAGUUGAUGAUAUCUUAGUAUUGAAUAAUCAAAAUGAACAAGUGCAAGAUAUUAAUAGUGCACACAAAUUAGCGGCAACAGAAGGAAUUCAUUCAUUAUUAUGUCGUACUCGUAGAAGUGUUAAUUCAGUAAUGCAACAUUUAGCUUGGCUUGUAUUAGGUACAACUGGUCUUCUAGCAUUAGUUUGGUUUAUUAAACGACGUUCAAAACAAAAUGAAGAAAGUGAAAAUACAUAUAAAAAUUUUAUAGAAAAAAUUACUAAUUUACUUGAAAAUCAAUAUGAAGAACAUUUACAUAAUCCAGAAGUAAAACCAUGGCUUGCUAUAAGUCAUAUUCGUGAUAUGCUUAUUCCAGUACAAGAUCGUAAACGUUUAAAAAAUCUUUGGGAACGAGCUAAAAAACAAAUAAGUGAACAUGAAUCACGUAUACGUGCCGAAUCACAAUUAAUACAUGGUGAAGAAUUUGAAGUUUGGCGAUGGAUACAACCACGUUCAUCAAAUCCAUCACCAACAAGACAACAACGAACGGAAUCACCACAUAAUUCAAAUGAAGAAAGUUAUGUUUAUAUGCCACCUGAUGUUGGUCUUACAGAAUGUCUUAAAUUACGAAAUUUCUUUGAUCCAAAUGGUGUUGCUGACGAUGAUGAAAUCGAUCUAGUUGUUGAUAGUAUUCAAAAUCGUUGUGCAACAGUUAAAAGAAUUGAACAUAUUGGUAUACAUUCAAUAUUUGUUUACUUGAAAUUUUCAUCAAGAGAAGCAGCUGCUCAAGGUUUUCAUUUACUUAAUAAUUGGAAAUAUCAUGGCCGUCAAAUUAUUGCAAAAUACCUUCGUCUUGAACGAUAUCAUGAACAUUUUCCUGAAGCUCUCGAGAGUAGUUCAACAUAA